AAAUCUGUUAUGUUGUUAUGUGUUUAUUCUGAUGGCGGCUUUGAACCAUUUAAAGGUUUAAACAAUAGGAAUUAUAUAUCGUUUAACUAUCAUUUUUCUCACUAAAGGAUUCUGGGUACCGCACUGUUUAUACACGGUACGAUUGCUGAUAUUUAAUCAUGCCUGGGGAAAGAAGGCGAAUUGUUUCCAGCAAUCAGCGACAUGCGCAUCCAGGAACAAAAGGACCAUCAACGGCUCCGUCUUCUGUGAAGCGUACUGUUUCUGAAACUUCACAGAGAUCUCAAAGAAAUUACAGCAUCACAUCACAGAAGCCUAAAAAUAUGGACAAAACAAAACCGACACAUGUUGGCCACGGGCGGGCUAAAACCCAACCUCCUCCAGAGACCAAAAAGGUUGAAGAAUCGGUACCAGUCCAUGAGCAAAAUGGGAACAGUAAUUCUGAACCGGAAGUAGAAGUCGAAAUGGAUGAUAAUACGGAUCGAGCAAAGGAGGAAAGUUCUUCUGAUUUGGAAAAUAACAAGAGUGAAACGGUACAACAGAAAGAAGAUGAUGACAAGAAGUCAGAAUCGGACGAAAAAUGGGCUGAAAAAGCUCCGGAAGAAUACAAUAUAAAAUCUUUUAAUGAUAAGAUUUUAGAAUACAGCGAAGUAUUCGAAACGGAUAAGUUUGAUAAUGUAAAUGAGGACUUCCCAGUUGAGGAUCUAAUUUCAUUUGUCAACGUCAUUUCCGGUACAAUUGACGAGUUUAAACAACAGUCCCAGGACAGCCAAAAACAGCUAGAGGAACUGUGUUCUAAAAUGAAGCAUGUGAAGCAGAACAUCCAUUUUAGUAUUACUAAGAGACAGAUGGAACUUUCACCAGAGGAAGAAAUUCAAAGCAUUGAACAGAGAGAGCUUACGGAAAAACUCGCAAAAUUGAAUGCCGAAGUUGCCCGAGCGAACGCGGAACUAUCCGAAGCUAUCCGACUAUCCGUAGAAACAGAACGCACUGCUACAGCAGCCCAAGUCUACGCACAAAAAGCAAAAGACGAGGCGCAACAAAUUGAAGAAGAAAUCGAAUUAAAACGAAACCACGAAGCUAAGAAGAAAGUGGAAGAAACAAGGAAAAUGGAGGAAGCUAUUCAAAAGCAGGAAGAAGAAGAGCGAAUGAUAGAACAAGCUAAACAGGACAAAGAAGCAGAAUGGAAAAGAAAAGAAUCGGGCUUUGUGGAGAAAAGUGCAGUUUGGGAAAAGUGGCCUACAUUUGAAAUUGUGCUAGAAAAUGGGGAUGUUGGAUGUGUUGUCCGAGCCAGUCCUGGCCACUUCUCUCCAGAUCAUGUCGAGCUAGAACCAGUUAGUCAACUAAAUUGCAAUCUGACCUACGGCCCACAGGAAGAACUAGUCAGCAGUAUACUGAGGUUCUCGUCGACGGUUGAAGACGGCAAACUGGAUGUCCCUGUAUACAUAUGCGUACCUUUCACCUUAUCCCGAACAAGUGCACACUCGAGGGAACCAUUCAUUAAAGCAGAAAUUAACGGAAGAUGGAGCGAUCUAGAAACCAGAGAAGUUACCUUUGACCAUCAUAAGGAAGCGAAAUUUGCCCAAGCAGAGCUAAAAACCUUUGCUAAGUUUGCAGUAAUGACAAGAUUGAAGAGAGAUUAUAUAACUUUUUCAAAAAGAUCAGCUAAAAUUGCUUCAUCAUAUGAUCAGCGGGUUACCCUGACUGUUCCCAAAGAAACCUUCAAAUCAAGAGAACACGUUCUUCUACAGGUUCAGCCUGUUGAUUCGACUACCAUACAUGAACUGCAACAGAAGAAGCCCGAGUGUAAACACAUCCUUACGUCAAGCCCUAUAAUCAAAAUAUCCUGGGAAGGAGCCGACAUCGUCAAACCAAUAACCGUAACGAUCCCAUGCCCACCAAAUCCAGCAAAGGCAAGAAAGAUUGCCCAAAUGAGAAAAAUGAAAGAAGAUAAGAUGAAACAAGCUCGACCCGUAAUCGUCACGUAUGACGAAGAACAGGAGAAGAAGCGACUUCUGGAAGAAAAGAAGAAAAAGUACCAACAGCAACAAGAAGAAGCUAUGAAUGAAUUGGAAGAAAAGAAAUUUGUUCAAACAAAGUGGUAUAUGGGAGAUUAUGCGCAUACCGAUGAUGAUGAGACUGAUCUACUUUAUCUUUUGACGCAAUCAUCCAAUGGUAAAUGGUCAGUUCUAGAGAACAUACAUAUUCAUCAGAUCAAGUUAGAUUUACUACAGUUCGAUAUGACCAAACCCUUAGAUAGUUUCAUGGUGCUUCGUACCCGUAUGAACACACCAGACGAUACAGUCGCUCUCAUGGCCAAUAUAAUAUCUGAAUUCUUGUCACAGAGAUUUGCUCAGGUUCUUGUUAAACAAAGGAGCGAUGAUCCUUAUGACACACUUAUCAGUGUUGUUCCAGCAAACAAAGCAGUUAAAACUUCCAAAGAAAUGGCGGCAAAAGGAUACAUUGAAGGUCCCGAUCCCAGUCCCGUUAUAAACCUCAAUGAAGGAGAUCACAUCGAGAUUGCAUUCAGAGGGAAUAUUUGUGACACUACAAACAGACCACCUUUAUUUGUGUACAAUUCAAAUAUUAUCUCGGAACUGGAAGUUUACCUUUCGGAAGUCGACAAAUACUUACAAAAGAACUUCCGAGUGUAUCGCGGAAAGAUACAAAUUUAUCGGUGCUAUUGUGAUGUGAAGGAAAAGAAAGCCAAACGACAAAUGUCUGUCGCAGACGACAUUGGGCAGACCGCCAUUACAGAAAAGAUCAAACAACAUUUAUGUGAUAUUCCAAUAAAUAUUCCAAAGUACAAUUUGGAGUCAUCGCCUGUUCCAGUGAAAGCCCCAGUUACCAUAGUAAACGAUUCUGAUCCAAUUAAUGAAAAUCUUAUGCGAUACCUAGCUGUUGAAAUGGGAGAGGAAUGGCGCCGACUUGCUCAAAUAUUGAAUGUAAGCCGUGCACGGAUGCAAGCAAUUUUAAGAAAUAUUCAAAUCAGCGACGGAACGGAAGAGGACGCACGGUACGAGAUGUUGAUGAGUUGGUUGAAGAAAAUGCCAAAGGCAGUUGAUAAGGUCUCUACGUUGAAUGGUGCUUUAAUGAGAUGUGGACGAGACGACUUGACGGAAGAAAUACAAAAACGUAACAAGGAGUUCCGAAUGCAACAUAUUCAUUGAGUGAUCAAUGUAAAACAUAGAGAUUGAGAAACUUCCUUAAGAUCUAUCCACACGUGAUAUUGCAAUAAAAUUAAUCGUCACGUGACAUUGCAAUAGGAUCAAUCCUUACGUGAUAUUUCAAUAUGUUAAGUCAUCACGUGAUAUUGUAAUAAAAUGAUUCGUCACAUGAUAUUUAAAUAGGAGUAGUCAUCACGUGAUAUUGCAAUAGUAUGAAUAAUCACGUCAUAUUACAAUAGGAUAAAUCGCUAUGUGAUUUUGCAAUAUUUAUGAUAUAAUUACUUUGCUUACAAUAAUGCGCAGAUUUUUAAUAUUGGAACAUUAUAGUGGUAGAUGCGGUACAUUGAGGGUCUAGAAAUUUUUAUGAGCAGGGAAAAUGUUGAAAAAGAUACAGUUAUGAAACAGUCUUUCGAAAGACAAAACAAAAAUCAAAAUCAAAAUAUAAACGGUGAUUUUGCUAUGAACUUUCAGUUUGUUCUUAAAAUGUGAAAUAUGUUUAUUGUGAAAUUCGUAAACUGUUUAUUUUAUAGUUAUAGUUUAAAUUAUAUUACAAUAUAUGGUUACGGUUAGAAACUUUAGUAGUUUUAUGUUGGGAAGCAACCAUAGAACCACGUUUAAUCCACCAUUUUCUACAUGAUGGUGGAAAUUAUCAUUAUACACAAAAAUUAAUACAUGUAAUAUUUACAAGUGUUUUUUCUCUCCUGUUCAUUUUUUUUUAACUUCUUAUCCUAAGUUAUAAAGUUGAUUAGCUGAUCUGUGAUAUUUAUAUGUGAUGUUAAAUUUACACGAUACAUUUAUGUGAUUUUACUGUGCACGAUAUUUAAAAAUGUUUACUUGAUAAAAAAAUGGCGAUUUGUGAUUUUAACUUUACAUGAUAUCGAUAUGUGAUGUUAACUUUAUAGGAUAUCGAUAUGUGAUGUUAACUUACAUAUCAAUAUAUGAUGUUCCCUUUACAUGAUAUCGAUAUGUUAUGUAAAUUUUACAGGAUAUCGAUAUGUUAUGUAAAUUUUACAGGAUAUCGAUAUGUGAUGUUAAUUUUACAGGAUAUCGAUAUGUGAUUUUAACUUUACAUGAUAUUGAUAUGUGAUGUUAACUUACAUAUCGAUAUAUGAUGCUUAGUUUACAUGAUAUCGAUAUAUGAUGUUCCCUUUUCAUGAUAUCGAUAUGUUAUGUAAAUUUUACAGGAUAUCGAUAUGUUAUGUAAAUUUUACAGGAUAUCGAUAUGUGAUGUUAAUUUUACAGGAUAUCGAUAUGUGAUGUUAACUUUACAUGAUAUCGAUAUAUUAUGUUGACUUUUCAUAAUACCAAACCUCCUUAACUUUACAUAAUAUCGUUUAGUGAUGUUCAAUAUAUAUAUAUUACGUAUGUUUAGUUUAUUUUACGCAUUUAUAUUGACAUGUUAUAUAUUUUGAUGUUUAUUGACGUCCAAACAUUUUGUGAUUUUAAACAGAAACCGUCCAUAUGUUGUCU